CUUAAAUCAGAAAUGGGACGAAUAAAUGUUACUAACAAUAAAAAGGAAGAAAAAGUGGCUUUUUGCAUUUUUUUGAAAUAAAACUGCCUCUUGAAGGCUUAAGGGACACUUGUGUAUAAUAUUUAUGAUUCUUUACGGGAAACCAAUAAAAUUUUAUUGUAACACUAUCCUCAUUAAGUUAACAUUUGGACGCCAUUUUGCCGCGCUUUUAUGUUCAGUGUUUACCUGUAAUGUUAUAUUUGUUAUUGAAGUAUAGGUUAUAAACGGUUGGAUAGCCUUUUAUCAACCGAAACGCAAAUGAUCAUAUACAAGGAAGUUUGGAUAUCAUGUUAUUUACCCGGUUUCACAAUUUGUGCAAUGAGCUGUUGAUGUUAUUUAAUUAGUCCGGAUAUUCAUAGACAUGUUAUCAUAGGAUAUAUGAAUGAUCUCUUCCAAAUAAGAUUAAAGGAAGCGAGCAGACGACAGAAGCCGUUUGGAUAGCAGUUUAUGCCAAUCUAAUCUUAAAUCGGAAGUAUUUGCAAGUUCAACUAUGUCCACACUCGCGUUAUAUAUCGCUGUGAUGAUUGUCGGAUCCAGCAUGAGCCAAACUACUGAAGAAGACAAAGAAAUGGGACUUAUUUUUACCGGAUGGAACCACCAAAAAGUGGAGAACGUUCACUUCUGGCACUUGCAAGGCAUGCCGGGAUACGGGAACUUCAGUCUCAGUGUACAAGGGCUCUUGUUUAAUUAUCCCUAUAACCAUUACCUAAGCUUGGACGUUGAUUACCGAGAAAAGGUCAUGUAUGCUUACAAUACACACUUGAGGACCAUAGAUUAUGUCGCCGGUUACACAGCGGAUUACAAGAAUAUUGGAGAUUUUGACUUCUUCCACGAGGGACUCUCGUCAUCGACCAUACAGGUUGCACUCGACUGGAUUUCCCACACUUUGUACUGGACAGACUCGGGAUACCGCUGGAUUUUGGCCGCAGCAGCCCUCCCAGAGAAAAUCAACAGCGAAUUCUACAAGGUCAUUGUGGAAACCAAUCUUGACGCUCCGGAUGGAUUAGCAAUAGAUCCUCUUGAUGCAUUCUUAUUUUGGUCAGACAAUGGCGAACAUCCGAAAAUAGAACGCUCGAAUUUACUCGGUGGACAAAGGAAGACGCUUAUAACAUCUAGGCUGGCCAACCCUCUCUCUCUGGAAGCCGACCUUUUGUCAAAACGAAUAUUUUGGAUUGAUUCGAUUACUGAGAACAUAGAAUCAGCUACAUACGAUGGCGAGGAUCGUAAAAUUAUAAAGAGAAUUGUCUUUUCGAUCUUGUUUGAUUUGGCGAUAUAUCGGGAUGUAGUAGUUGUGACAGAUAUCUCUGACGACCUUAUCAUGUUUUACAACAAAACAUCGGGCGCUAGAAUCUACGACAGCUUAUACCUUGAUUCAGGGGACACAACCUACGGUGUUGCUACAUAUUUUAAAGAGGACCAACCCAUUCGCGAAACAGAUCACUGUCUGAGUUUGAACUGUGAUCAUAUGUGCAUUACAACCGAGGAGAGUGCUGUCUGCGCAUGCUCAGAAGGUUACAUGCUCAACCCAGACUCACAUACAUGUGACGAGGUAUCUGGGGGCCAGCAUAGAGCAAUAAUAUUUGCAAACGCAACCCAGAUAUGCCUCACCGACAUACGCCAUGCAAACCUUCCUUUUUUCCAGUGCGACACUGCUUUUGUUACUGGUUCAACAAAUGAACAAAUCCGGUUUCUAGACGUGGAUAUGCAUGACAGAGUCAUGUAUUUUGUUGUGGGAAACAGUACAAUAUACCAGCGUCCAGUAGACCUUCCAAAAGAAAAUAGUGCCAAAAUGCUGUUACAUACAACAUCUGGGAUUAUCAUGUCGCUUGCAUUUGAUUGGGUCGACAAGUUGCUUUUCUGGAGUGAACUAGAUGGUAGCAUUUUUCUGUUGAGUACUGAAACGUCAGAAAGCAAAACGUUGACUAACAAAACAUCAAACCCACAAAAUGUUGCUGUGUUGGCGCAUGAUAGGAGCAUAGUUUGGACUGAUGAUGGAGGUAUAAAAACGAUGGCGAUAGAUGCAUCCAGUGGCCCAACUGUUAUAAAACCUGCAAGCACUGCAAUUCGCGCGAUCACCGUGGAUUAUGACCGAAAAUUAAUAUAUUGGAUUCAAGCUGAUGACGUGAUAGGGUCCAUCCACAUAAAUGGCGAAGCGGACGACACCAAACUUCCUUCGAAAAUUCAAAAAGGCGCAUAUCUGAUUGAACUGUAUAAGGAAAAAUUGACCUGGGUAUUUACUAGUUCUUCGGGAAACACGGCUUAUGCUACCUAUGACAGAAGUAGUGGAAAAGACCUGGCUAACAUCACGCAUGAUAUACAAAAUGUUGUAGCCAUGAAGUAUCUUGAUCCUUCUUUACAGAGAAAUGAUACGUCACCAUGUGCCCACGAAAAUGGAGGUUGUGAGCAGAUUUGUGUCACCCAUCAUACCGACUCUGACAUCUUUAUGAAGAAAUGUGAAUGUGAAAUUGGUUACACGCUGCACAGUGAUUCCGCAACCUGCAACGUUGCAGAACCGGUUGGAGACAACUUCAUUCUCGUGUUUGAUGCAACAUACGAGGAGGUCCGUCAAAUUGACAUGAGUACACUGAAUCAUGUGGUAAUACCGCUACCAGAACCCGAGUUCGUGUACGGCAUCCACUAUGACCCACUAUCAACGCGGAUGCUUUGGUCCCAAGCCAACGAUUUUAUUGUUCACAGCAUGCUUUUAAAUGGUUCUAACUACAAAGAAAUGGGAUACACGUUGCCAGGAUCAGCUAGAUGCCUGACAAUCGAUGAGACAACUAAGAACAUUUACUACACAACUUACCCCGCUCCUGGGAUGGAACAGCAGCACGUGGGUCUCAUAGCACCGAGUGGACACAAUAUCAAACUCGUGGAUGUAUCCGUUGAAGACCGCCUAGGAAACAUUGCCGUGCACCCAAAACUUGGACUCAUGUUCUAUACUGUUCUGGAAUUUACCGGUUCAGUUAUCACAUCUUAUGUGGCCAAGGCCAAUAUGGACGGGACUCAAGUAACCAGAAUUAUUUCGUCUGUUGAUGGAAUGUCACUUGGAACUCCGGACGGGGUGGCGAUCGAUUAUCAAAAUGAUAUGUUGUACUGGAGCGAUUCCUAUCGAAACAAAAUUCAAAGAUGUAACCUGGACGGGACAUUGUGUGUUACUAUUGUCGAUCUGUCGGACGAGGAGACAUCCAUUAGGGAUUUGGUAUUCGACGGCACGAACCUUUAUUUUACGGAUUAUGCCAAAGAUUCUGUUACGGCGUUUAAUGUAAGUGCCAACAGCACGAAACAGUAUGGUUCCAACUUUGGAAGACUGAGGAGUCUGGACGUUUACAAAAGCAACUGGCCUAAUGUUCAACCAGUCAAUUCGCUAUGUUCUCCAAACGGUGGGAUAGGCGACUGCAGUUCGAUAUGUGUACCAGCAGGGACUGGGAGAGUGUGUAUGUGUGAGGAGGGCGAACAUCUGCAAGAGGACGGACGUUCGUGCGGACUAAAGUACCAUUGCGACAAAGUUAUCGUUCAAGAAGAAGGAGUGAUCAUAACAUUUGAUCAAUAUGCCUGUUCGCGUCUUGCUGGAGCGAAGUGUGAAUACUUCUGUCCAUAUGGGUACAGCAAGGCCAACAAGUCAAUCAACACUUUGCAAUGUAGAAAUGAUGGUUGGACCCCUCAGUUUGAAAUGCUGUGUGUCAAGAGUGACGUCCUUGAAUGUCCUGUCUCUACUUCCAAUCUUCAAAACGUAGCUGUAGACAAGAGUUGUAAAGACAUAUCUGUCGGAUCGGCAUGUGCCUACCAAUGUAAUACAGGUUUUCAAAAGAAAUAUGACGGGGUUGUUUGUAGGGUAGACCAAGUAUGGCAUCCAACUGACGCUUGCACAGAAAUUAAGUGUCACAACCUCGUGGAGAAUGGUUACGUUCCUUUAGAUAAAUGUGAUUUCAUGGUUAACAGUGAAUGUAAUUAUGUUUGCGGCGGAAAGGGUGUUUACGAGCAAAGCAAAACUGUCACCAAAGUAAAGUGCCUCCAAAAUGGACAAUGGAACCAAACGGACGUUUGUUUAGAAGUAUCCGGUUCGUCUGCUCCUCUGUCUGAAAAGUCGUCCGAUGGAAUUUCCAAGGCAGGGGCGAUAACUGGCAUCAUUUUGCUUAUUCUUGUCAUUAUCGCCCUUGUGGCUGUUAUCUUUUUCGUUGUGCGCAGGAUGCAAUCCUCUAAGUCUCCCUACUCAGCGUCCUAUCAUGGCCGUUCUGGCACCACCGCCAUCGAGAACCCGGGCUAUGGGAUAACACCAUCCGCUACUCCUGCCCCGCAAAGGCGGGAAUCGGACAAUCAGCCGUAUUCGGGGUCGGACCUUAGCCAACAGGAACAAGUCACGUUUGAACCAUUGCCAGGCAAUUUGACCGUGGAAAGUGAAGGGAUGGUCAAUCCAUUGUACGGGGCUAAUGAUACCUCGGAUCAAAGAAACGGACAAGAGGACGCAAGAAAAUAUCAGAAUUUUGAGUGAAAUGUUUGUUCUUAAAGUACAUGCUUGCAAAAGUUUAACAUAUUUGCUCAUUGUGUUUACUUUGUCAUAUUGUAUUGUGUUUACUUUGUCAUAUUGUAUUGUGUUUACUUUGUCAUAUUGUAUUGUGUUUACUUUGUCAUAUUGUAUUGUGUUUACUUUGUCAUAUUGCUUGAUAAUGGAUGCACGAAGUCGUUUUAAUAUAAUUUAUUUUAAUAUACAAAUAUAUAACUAUCUUGAGCUUCAACAGGCUACAAUUUAAAUGACAUUGAAAUUAAAUGUUCAUAUAAAACUCUUUGUACACUUUGCGAUAAACCAAAUAACGAUAUAAAAAACUUUAUGAGUCGUAUUUUAAAAUCAAUUUGUAAUCUGCACGUGACAUAUAAUGUCAUUCGAGAGUUGUUAUUUGUUUAUGAAUUUUCUUAUCAUGUAUGUUAUUUAUUUUCUUAUCAUGUAUGCUAUUUUGAUUAAAUAAAAUUUGUUAUGA